AUUGUCCGCCGCUAUCAUCGAGGAUCUUCCACAUCUUCCGUCAACAUGCCUCCUCGCUUUCUCUCCUGUUCUUCGCUCAAGGCCUUCAGUGGCUCCUCGAACGUCCAGAGCCCUCUUGCUGCCCUGUUGAUUAACCCUUCCAAGACAUCCGUGAGGGCGGGCUCGAUUGAAAGCCGGGAGCGGAGAAAGCAUGACCCGUAUAUGAUGGCCCAGUCUCGCCGGCGCAAAGCCGCUAAUGUGUCUCGCCAACAAGCGCUCGCUCAGGAACGCGUCGUUCAAGGCGACCCCUUGCACACCGAGCAGACCGAAUUUGUCCAGGAGCUCAAGACGACGCAAUCGGGCGCGCCAAGCGCGUCGCAAUCUGAAGCGAAGCUCAACUAUCUGGUGACUCGGGAUGGACUACAGGAUGCGCUGGAAUACUCGAAGAACUUGACUUCGCCCCUCGCAGACCCCGAUCGGAAUACUGCCGAUCCCCAGCUCGAGAAGGAAGCGGCCGAAAGACAUCUGCAAGAACAUCGGAAUGCCCAGGAGGCGAUCAAUCGUAUCGUGAACAUCAGCAACGGAAAUAACCAGGACCGAAUGCGCCUCCUUACCCAGAAGUGUAUCGAGAAGCUCGGUCGACACAACACCGACCAGGUCCUCCCUCCGAAGCCGACAGCCGCGCAAGUUCCCAACGCUGUCUAUCCGGAAAAGACCCCUCGAGUCGGACGGGAUACUGGCUCUCCGGAGGUGCAGGUUGCCGUGCUUACGGCCAAGAUCAUGAACCUCUCUCGACACAUGCAGACUGCCAAAAACGAUAAGCAUAACAAGCGCAACCUCAGACUACUUGUCCACAAGAGACAAAAACAACUACAGUAUUUACGGGCGAAGGAGCGAGGUGGACCGCGGUGGCAGAACUUGGUUGAGACCCUGGGAUUGUCGGAUGCAUCUUGGAAGGGUGAGAUCAGCAUGUAAUUGCUGAAAAUCUUUCCUUAUUUUCUGUCACUCUUGUUUUUGUCUCUUUCAGUGAAUAUUGGCGUGUAACUACUAUAUGGUAUUGCCCUUGUGGCAUACUCUAGCUUGUGAUGUUUUCGGAUCCUCUCUGGGGCUCUCGUACCAGCGGUGGGAUCCAUCUUGUACAAAUACAGUAUCAGUCUUCUAUUUCC